AUGAUGUUGUUGCCGCGGGAAACCGACAAGUUAGUGCUUCACCAAGCUGGUUCCCUUGCCCAGAAGCGUCUUGCUCGUGGUCUUAGGCUCAAUUACACUGAAUCUGUAGCUCUCAUUGCCACUCAGAUUCUUGAGUUUGUUCGUGAUGGUGACAAAAGCGUUGCUGAGCUGAUGGACAUUGGGAGGCAACUAUUAGGAAGGAGACAGGUUCUUCCUGCUGUUGUACAUCUUCUGCAUACGGUUCAGGUCGAAGGGACAUUUCGUGAUGGUACAAAGUUAAUCACCGUUCAUGAACCGAUUUCUCGUGAAAACGGGAACCUUGAACUAGCUUUACAUGGAUCUUUCCUUCCAGUCCCUUCAUUGGAUAAAUUUCCAGAAGCUCAUGAGGAAGUAAUUCCUGGUGAUAUAAAAUAUGGCGAUGGAAGUGUAAUAAUAAAUAUUGGAAGGAAAGCACUAGUCCUGAAAGUUGUCAACACUGGAGACCGACCAGUACAGGUUGGAAGUCACUACCAUUUCAUUGAAGUUAAUCCGUUGUUGGUGUUUGACAGGCGUAAAGCUCUUGGUAUGCGUCUAAACAUACCAGCUGGAACAGCUAUACGAUUUGAGCCAGGAGAAAGAAAAAGUGUUGUACUUGUGAAUAUUGGUGGAAAUAAAGUGAUAAGGGGAGGAAAUGGAAUUGUUGACAGUCUGGUUGUUGAUGUCAACUGGACAGUUGUGAUGGACACCAUGGAGAGGAGACGCUUUGGGCACCUGGAAGAUGCAGAUGCUAGUGAGGGGAUUGCAGGGGAAGAUCCUAGAUUUACGACUACAAUGUCGCGUGAAAAGUAUGCAAAUAUGUAUGGUCCUACCACUGGUGACAAGCUUCGGCUAGGUGAUACCAACUUAUAUGCAAGAAUCGAAAAAGAUUAUACGGUUUAUGGCGAUGAAUGUGUAUUUGGAGGUGGAAAAGUUAUAAGAGAAGGCAUGGGUCAAGGAAUAGAGCAAUCUGAAGUUCUUUCCUUGGAUACUGUCAUCACCAACUGUGUAAUAAUUGAUUAUUCAGGAAUAAUCAAGGCAGAUAUUGGCAUUAAAAAUGGCCAUAUUGUUGGUAUUGGGAAAGCAGGCAAUCCGGAUACCAUGCAUGGUGUGCAGAGCAAUAUGCUUAUUGGGGGUAAGACUGAGGUUAUUGCUGGAGAAGGAAUGAUUAUUACUGCAGGAGCUAUUGAUUGCCAUGUGCAUUUCAUAUGUCCUCAAUUGGUUUUUGAGGCAGUGUCAAGCGGCAUUACAACUAUGGUUGGAGGAGGGACAGGGCCUGCAUACGGUACACGUGCGACUACCUGCACCCCUUCGCCGUUCGAUAUGAAGUUAAUGCUGCAGUCCACGGAUAGUCUGCCACUAAACUUUGGGUUUACAGGGAAGGGAAAUACAUCUAAACCCUUAGAGCUUCGUCACAUACUGGAGGCUGGAGCAAUGGGAUUGAAGCUGCAUGAGGACUGGGGAACUACUCCUGCUGCAAUAGAUAAUUGUUUAGCAGUUGCAGAAGAAUAUGAUAUCCAGGUGAACAUUCAUACUGACACCUUAAAUGAAUCGGGUUUUGUGGAGCACACAAUCAAUGCAUUUCGAGGGAGAACAAUACAUACAUAUCACAGCGAAGGUGCUGGUGGUGGACAUGCGCCAGAUAUCAUCAAAGUUUGUGGUGUUAAAAAUGUACUCCCUUCAUCAACCAACCCAACACGGCCAUAUACGAAAAAUACCGUGGAUGAACAUCUUGACAUGCUGAUGGUUUGCCAUCACCUUGACAAGAACAUCCCAGAAGAUGUAGCUUUUGCUGAAUCAAGGAUAAGAGCUGAAACAAUAGCAGCUGAGGACAUAUUACAUGAUAUGGGAGCAAUCAGCAUUAUCUCCUCUGACUCACAAGCAAUGGGUCGCAUUGGAGAGGUAAUAAGCAGAACUUGGCAGACUGCUGACAAGAUGAAGGCUCAGAGGGGAGUCAUUGAUCCUAACACAUCUGAUGAUGAUAACUUGAGGAUAAAGAGAUACAUUGCAAAGUACACUAUAAACCCAGCCAUAGCCAAUGGGUUUUCUGACUUAAUUGGCUCGGUUGAGGAGAAGAAGCUGGCAGAUCUCGUUUUGUGGAAGCCGGCUUUCUUCGGAGCAAAACCAGAAAUGAUAAUUAAAGGUGGCAAUAUAGCUUGGGCUAAUAUGGGGGAUGCAAAUGCUAGCAUACCUACGCCUGAGCCGGUCAUAUCGAGACCUAUGUUUGGAGCAUUUGGAAAGGCCAGAAGUGAAAACUCAGUUGCAUUUGUCAGCAAGGCUGCCUUAAGAAACGGGGUAAAAGAAGUAUACGGACUCAAGAAGAGGCUUGUAGCGGUCUCCAACGUGAGGGGGCUCACAAAACUCGACAUGAAGCUGAAUGAUGCGCUUCCAAACAUCACCGUGGACCCAGAGACAUACGUUGUCACAGCGAACGGUGAGGUCCUCGCGUGUGAGYCAGCCAAUUCGGUCCCUCUCUCCCGGAACUAUUUCCUGUUUUAA